AUGCUUACCGACUAUAACAGGGGCGCUCAGCCGACGGAACAACCACUACGCAAAACCUCGAAUCGACAGCCACUCGGUGAUGUGCAGCCCAACCAAGAAACAAGGGGACAAAGCGGGCCGAAGCCCGUCGUGAAGCCGGUACAGCCAGCGAAGGUCGACCAUCGGCAAUAUUUGUGCCCCGACUACGCGGAAGAUGUGAUCCCCUACCUGCGCUCCGUCGAGCGCAGUUUUGCUCUCGAGCCCAACUUCCUACAAGAGGCUCAAGUAAAACCCAAGCACCGCGCCAUCCUCAUCGACUGGGUCGUGCAGGUGCAUCACCGCUGGGCCUGGCAUCCCGAGUCGCUGGCGUUAGCUGUGCACUUGAUCGACCAGUACCUCGCCAAGAUACCCAUCGACCGCAAGGACAUGCAACUGCUCAGCAUGGCCGCGUUGUUCAUCGCCGGCAAAUUUGAGGAAACUCACUUGCCCGAGAUGCAAGAGUUCGAGUACAUGAGCGCGAACAGCUUCACCCGGGACGACAUCUACAAAUACGAACAGCGAUUACUCCGCUCUAUCAACUUCACGCUGUGCCGCCCGGCUCCGAUCACUUUUCUGCGCGCUCAUUUCACCGAGCUUGCCGUACCGUCGAUCGUCCACCAGAGGGCUCAGUACCUUAUCGAGCUGUGCUUCCAAACGUACGAGCUGUGCCAUCUGUUGCCCUCGCACAUGGCGCUCGUCUCGUUGGCCCUCUCUGCAACGCUGUACGGCCACAAGCUCAACGUGGCUCGUUUUCGUGAAGAGGUUGGAAUGACGGUGGUUGCGUACGAUGCAGCCGUCGCGGCUCUGGCUACCGCGAUCAUCGAUAACCAAAACCAACAGCGUAUCGUCGGCAUUAAGAAUAAGUACACGGAGCAGGUCUACAACAAGGUAUCCGAGUUCGACGCGGCUACGCUGAAGGAGAUUGAGCUGACCGACGGCCGGUUGAUACGUGGGCGAUUUGUGUGCACGGAUAAUGUGCCAAACAUCAUACUAGCCGACGCAAAUGAGAGGUGGAAAGACGAGACGAGCGACGACCCGCCACGCCGAAUCGGGCUCGUUCUGAUCGCUCGGAAGCAUCUGGUCAAGAUUGAGCUGAUAAAGUGCCUGGAUAGUGAUGGCAGCGACACAAGUUACGCA